ACCACGGAAGGCGCGCCGGACUCGUCCGGCUGUCUCCUCGGCCGCGCGCGCGGGUUUCAGAGGAGCCCCGAGCCGCGCGACGCCGGCGAAGGGGGCGGGGCCUCGGGUCUCCCCGCCCGCGCGGAGGGAUACGCGCGACCGCGGCCCAAAAACCCCGGGCGAGGCGGCCGGGGCGUGUGAGCGGCUCGGCCUGCUGCGUGUCCUCGCGGUCUACGUGGGGUCGGCCGGGCACUGUGCCGCGCGGACGGCCUCGCCUGAGCGAGCCCGCGCUCCGAGGCCGGCGCUUCGGACACGCCCGCUUGCUGUCCGGAUAGGGGCUCCGUGCGGCCCGGGAAGGCCGCCCUCCCGCGUCCGCGGCCGCGCGGGGAGCCGGGCCGGGCAAGAGGCGGCGCGGAGGCCGGGGGCCCGCGCCCCGCCGCCGCCGCCCGCGAUGCUGCUCUCCAAGUUCGGCUCCCUGGCGCACCUGUGCGGGCCUGGCGGAGUGGACCACCUCCCGGUGACGAUCCUGCAGCCAGCCAAGGCGGACAAGGAGAGCUUCGAGAAGGUGUACCAGGUGGGCGCAGUGCUGGGCAGCGGCGGCUUCGGCACAGUCUACGCGGGCAGCCGCAUCGCCGACGGGCUCCCGGUGGCGGUGAAGCACGUGGUGAAGGAGCGGGUGACCGAAUGGGGCAGCAUCGCCGGCGCCGCUGUGCCCUUGGAGGUGGUGCUGCUGCGCAAGGUGGGCGCGGCCGGCGGCUCGCGCGGGGUCAUCCGCCUGCUGGACUGGUUUGAGCGGCCCGACGGCUUCCUGCUGGUGCUCGAGCGGCCCGAGCCAGCGCAGGACCUCUUCGACUUCAUCACGGAACGCGGCGCGCUCGACGAGGCCCUGGCGCGCCGCUUCUUCGCGCAGGUGCUGGCCGCCGUGCGCCACUGCCACAGCUGCGGGGUCGUGCAUCGGGACAUCAAGGACGAGAACCUGCUGGUGGACCUGCGCUCGGGCGAGCUCAAGCUCAUCGAUUUCGGCUCGGGCGCGCUGCUGCGCGACACGGUCUACACCGACUUCGAUGGCACCCGAGUAUACAGCCCCCCGGAGUGGAUUCGCCACCACCGCUACCACGGUCGCGCGGCCACCGUGUGGUCUCUGGGCGUGCUGCUCUACGACAUGGUGUGCGGGGACGUUCCCUUCGAGCAGGACGAGGAGAUCCUCCGGGGCCGCCUAUUCUUCCGCAGGAGGGUCUCCCCAGAGUGCCAGCAGCUCAUCCAGUGGUGUCUGUCCCUGCGGCCCUCCGAGCGGCCUUCGCUGGACCAAAUCUCUGCCCACCCCUGGAUGCUGGGGGCGGAGGAGGGCCCCUCUGAGAGCUGUGACCUUCGGCUCUGCACUCUAGACGCGGAUGAUGGGGCCAGCACCACCUCCAGCAGUGAGAGUUUGUGAGGCCGGCCCUGCACCUGGCUUGUGGGAACCACAAGAGGGGACCGCCAGCCCUAGCCGGGCCCUGCAGCAGCCAGCCUGCCUAGGUAGUCUGCUCCUGGAGAAAGCAGUGAUCUCUGACCCCUGGUGACCUUUGCCUUUGGCACGGGCCUGUUUCCUUUGCUUUGAGUGCCUUUUUGAGCGCUGCUCUCACGGGACUUGGUUUUCUCAAGCUCUGUCCAAAGACACUCCAGUUCAAGCCAGGUCUCGCCUGCCCUGCUUGAGCUGAGGCUGUCCCUGUCCUGUGCUGCUCUGGGGGCGGUGCUGACACCGCCAACGGCCCCGCAUCUGACACGUGGGAUCAGGGGCACUCCCGCGGCCCGUGGCCUCAUCUCACCGGGGCAGGGGCGCAGGGUCCCUCGUGCCCCUCCCACCCUUGUUUCGGUGUUCUGGGCACGUUUGUGCACAAGCAAUGCAACGUUCAGGCCUCUGCUGCCCGCCUGCCCGACGCGCGUGCGCCUGCGAACGUCUUAUUUAUGGUGUGACCCUACGGAGGGCUAUUUAUUGUUUAACUUAUUUGCCGAGGUUCCUCCCUCCCAGCUGCCCCGCCGCCUCUGAGGCCCUGUGCCCAGAGAGGGGGCGGCUGGCGUGUGGACCCAGGUCUCCAAACCCACAGCAGCUAGUUUGAGAGGAGCGGCGGCCCCACCGCCUGCGGCCCUGCGCUUGGGGGCGGGCUUAAGUUAUUGACUUGUACAGUCUGCUUGAUGGCUCUGGGGUUGGGGGACAGAGUCUCAAGCCUUUAAUUUAUUUCAGCAGAGGUGUUUUUGUGGUCCCAGUGUGUGAGGGCACUGAGGAUAGGGGUUCUUCCAGUUCAGAAGUGAGAUAUCUGAAAAAUCAUAUUUUUUUAUACAGGUAUUUCAAUUAAAUUGUUUUGUACUAAA